AUGGUCACGACCUUACUUGAACAGGAUCUGUUCUAUAGGCUCGUACCUCUGUUUCCUUGAUUUCUAAGGUGACAGGCCCUUAUCCCUGGUUGAUGAACCAUGACCGUGCGAUCAGAGCGUGAUUAACGGCUACGAUCAUCCUCGGAUGCAUCCGCUGCUGUAGAGGAUCGUUACUCGGCUCGGUUCUACCUUGCCGGGGUGGUCGCACGGCGGUCUGACAGAGAAAAAGAUAAGGUUUUGAAGAGUGAAGCAAACCGUAGUUAGCAAAAAUGGCUUCACCAUCUAUGCACGAAGCUCUCUUCUCUUCACGGCUUCUUCAACUCAAUUCAUCUUCUUCUAAUUCUUCCUCCUUCCGUUGCGCUCUUCCAAUUAUCUCUUCACCAGCUGCAGUAUCAUGCUCAAUCAAAUCGACCCAGUUGUUUAAACAGCGUUGUAGAACCAAAGUGAGGGACUUUUCUCUUUCUUCACUUUCCCGGAGAGGGUUCGUUUGCAGAGCUGCCGAGUACAAGUUUCCGGAUCCCAUACCUGAAUUCGCCGAAGCUGAGACUGAGAAAUUUAGGGACCAUUUGUUAACGAAACUAUCCACGAGGGAUCUUUUUGAAGACUCUGUUGAUGAAAUUGUUGGAGUCUGCACUGAGAUCUUCGAGACAUUCUUGCGCAGUGAGUAUGGAGGACCUGGUACGCUCUUGGUCAUACCUUUCAUUGACAUGGCGGAUACUCUCAAUGAAAGGGAAUUGCCAGGAGGUCCACAAGCUGCACGAGCAGCUAUUAAAUGGGCUCAGAAUCAUGUAGACAAGGACUGGAAGGAGUGGACCGGUACUGAUUAGUCCUCCAAGCAUCAAAAUAUACUCCUUUUGAGUUAUUUAGUUCAGUACGAGUAUAGGAGUGUCCUCAGUAAAACUUGGAGAUUAAUUUGCAAAUGUUGGUAGUUAAUAAGCUCUGUUGUAGUAUUCUUUUCCCGGAUCAACUGUUUUCACCUGAUGGUCGAAUCUAUGUACGUCAGAUCUGUUAAGUGUUGUUGAUUCAAGAUUACCAUGUUCAACAUGGCAUGUUGUGACGCCA